GAGAGGAGCAGGUCAGCAGGGUGGACAGGUUUAGAAUGGUGAUUAUGACGGAGGACGUGGAUGGAUUUUAUCCUGGUGCUGACUGGCAUGCUGAUGGGGAACAGGUGUGGGUGAAGGCCAAGUGAGAGCAGGUGAAUAGUCAUUGCAGUGGUCAUGGUUGCCACAGAGUUGUGUAUUCAGAUCUGUUCUGAAAGCGUCUCCUGUUCCCUCUCACACCACAGCUCCACAUUCUAGCAGCUGCCUUUCGUGAUCCACGCUCUACAGACGUCUGCACAGAGAGCACAGAGACAAUUUCCCUGCUUGCGCACAGAUGAAAAGCAUGAAGCAGAUAGUGAUUCUGAUGACUCUCAUAAGUGGUGUCUUCACCGCUCCAUUUGUGAAGGGGGAGCAGGCCACAAAAUUUUUACGUAUAAAGAGACAGUCUGGCUUCUGGGAUCCCAAUUAUUCUCAGAACCAAUGGGGUUACACCAUACAAGAGCAGGCAAAUGAAUACUGGACUGAUCUGAGAGCAAAUGCUCAAUACUACAUGGACAUGGGAAUCCUGGUAUUUGACCGUUCUGUGGCUGAUGAGAACAGUAGGCUCUACAUGGAUAUGCUGAGGAAUGUAAGAGCACAGCUGGAUGCACACACAGGCCAACAGUGAUUGAUAUGGACAAAACCAUUGACUAAUUGAGUCAAUGGAGAGUGCUGAGGCUGCUUUGCUGAUCUAAGGGAUGUGAGCAGGACAGCAGCCAAUAUUUUUUUUGCAUAGAGUUCUCUCAGAGAUUGCAAUUAAUUAGUUUGCAGAAAUGCUUUUUAUACAUUGUGCAGUAUGGAGGACUAGGAGAGCCACUUUAAAAUAAAAUAAAGAAAUUGGUUUAUUAAGUAAUUAUUAAAUAUGUAUGAGAUAACAAGAAAAGUGAUUUGCAAAUGCAUUAAAUGCAUUAAAAAGUUGAA